AUGGAUUCAGGGAGAGAGGGACACUGCAACUUCAACAAGACUAUAGACAACUUUUGUCUCAAGUAUUGUUGCAUGGUGAUGAGGCUGAAUAUUGACUGCAACGCGUGUUGCAGAAAAGUAAGAAGAUUUCUUCUAAACAUGAAAGAAAUAGAGACACAUAUGAUUGAUAAGGACCAGUACAUGGUAAGCGUGUGUGGAAGAUUUAUGCCAGCAGAUAUCGCGAUAAAAUUGCGGAAGAAGAUGAACCGAAGAGUCGAGAUUCUGGAAAUCCAAGAGUUUGAGCGCGCUAACGAAGAGACGGAACAAAGGCCAAUGGUGACUGCCUAAUUGUCCACAUGUAGCGUCACCAAAUUUGUGCCCAAGCCUGACUACUUCAGGCCUCUUGGAACUUGUUAAUGUUUAAGUAAUAGACUCUGGAGGAAU